AUAGAUAUACACGCCAAAAUGGGUAAAUCCGGUAAAGGUAAAGGUGGUAAAAACAGAAGAAGAGGUAAGAAUGUUAACGGGGGUCAAAAGAGAGAAUUGAUCUAUAAAGAAGAAGGACAAGAAUACGCUCAAAUCACCAAGAUGUUAGGUAAUGGUAGAUUAGAAGUUAGUUGUUUUGAUGGAAUUAAAAGAAUGGGACAUAUUAGAGGUAAAUUAAGAAAGAAGGUUUGGAUGGGACAAGGGGAUAUUAUUUUAGUUUCCUUGAGAGAUUUCCAAGAUGAUCAAUGUGAUGUUGUUCAUAAGUAUAACUCUGAUGAAGCCAGAACCUUGAAGAAUGUUGGUGAAUUACCAGAAAACGCUAAAAUCAAUGAAACUGAUACAUUUGGUGCUGAUGAAGAUGAAGAUGUUAAUUUCGAAUUUG